CAUUUCGAACCCAAACUCGUACGUACCGCAACGAGAUCGUACGUUACUCGUACGUACCGUACUCCUGCGUACAGAACAUCGCGUUUUUUUUUUUCACGAUUCUUCCUCGGCUCCACACACAAACCCUUCGUGGAACGGUGCUUUCCUGUCCGGAGCAAGCCCAUGCUGAGGAGAUUUCUAAUGGCCGGUCUGACAGCCUCCUCGGUAACCAGGUCGUCGGUGGCAGAGACCGCUGGCCGGGGUCUCUCGGGCGCCCCGUCCGGUCGCCGUUCGCCGUCGAAGAUUCUGUACGUGGUUCGCCACGGCCAGGCCGUGCACAAUCCCCGCGCCGAGGCCGCAAAAGAGAGGGGCUGCUCGAUGGAAGAAUUCUUCCGCCUGAUGCGGGAGGACGAUGCGCUGGAUGCCGAUCUCACGGACCUCGGAAGGGAGCAGGGGGAACGGUGCCGGAGGGCCCACUUCUCGCCGGGCCGAAGCGGCGGUUGCGAAGAAGGAAGCAACCACCACCACAACAAUCCCCUCGGAAUCGACCUGGUGGUGGCCAGCUGCCUGUCGCGGACGAUGGACACGGCCGAUCUGGUCUUUCCCCACUGGGUACCGGGGGAAAGCGGCGACGAUCCUCCCUGCUUCCGCCCCCCCCCGCGGAUCAGCAUCGAGAACUUCCGAGAGGUCAACGGGAACCUGCUGAACGGAAAGAGGCGCACCAAAUCGGAGCUGGUGGCGAGGCAUCCCAACUGGAACUUCGAUUCCCUGCGCACCGAGGCCGACGAAUCGUGGACCCCCGAGAUGGAGAAGUACGAGGACGCCGCGGAACGGGGGUACAGGGGCCUCUCGGACCUGCUGACUUGGGAGAGCCAUUUUUCCAACGCCGGAAGCAGCACAAACACCAUCUUGCUGGUCUGCCACGGGGGGAUCCUGCGGUACCUGAUGAACCUGCACCCGCUGGUGCACCUCCGCGACGAACGGACCCAAGGGAAGCGUGCCCCCGGCGACGAGAGCGGCGGACCAAAGAGCGUCGAAUCCAGGUUCGACAAUUGCGAGCUGCGAAAAUACCGCCUGGUCUGGAAGGACGAUGACGACGACGACGACGACGAAGAAAGCGGGGAACGAGAGCGCAGGGCGAUCGUCCUGACGCAACUCGAUCACUAAGCUCUUUGUUUUGUGGUGGUUGUUGUGGUUGUGGUUGUUGUUGGAUAGAGAUGGAUAGAAAGAAACAAAAUGACUGAAUGGAG